UUACACUACCACUUGCUGCCCUAGAUAUAGCCUUGCUCUUUGGUCGUCAUUUCUACUUUUUGACGCAAUUACCUUGGCCCGAGUCACCUGGCCAAACAAUCUUUUCUCUCAAUCAUGAACCAUUAUCCGGAAGCUUGGGGACGGCCAAGGAACGAUGUCUACGGGUCUUAUGAUCAUUCAUAUCUUCAGAGUAUGGGGCCUCAAACCCAUACACAGUCUCCAAUAGUGACAGGAACGUCUGUCGUCGCUGUCAAGUUCGAUGGAGGAGUUGCAAUAGCCGCUGAUAAUCUAGCUUCUUACGGCUCACUGGCUCGGUUCCAGGACGUGAAGCGCCUCCGGGCUUUUGACAAUUCGUCCGUUGUUGGCUUUGGUGGUGAUGUUUCCGACAUGCAAUACAUUGAUCGCCUCUUAAACUCUCUUGACAUCAGAGAGAAUUACUCCUCAUAUGGCCAGCACACACUUAACGCUAAAAACCUGCAUACAUACCUCUCGAAAAUGCUGUAUAGGCGACGCUCCGAGUUCAAUCCUCUGUGGAACCACAUCCUGGUGGCUGGGUUCGAUCAAGAUGGGAAACCUUUCUUAAGCUCCGCCGAUUUGCUUGGUACAACCUUUUCGGCGCCUUCAUUGGCAACCGGAUUUGGUGCGCACUUAGCCAUACCAAUCCUGCGAAGAUUAUUUCCAGAAGGUACACCGAUCGAAAGCAUCACCAAGGAGCAGGCAGUAAGUGCCUUGAAGGAGUGUAUGAAGGUGCUAUACUACCGCGAUGCAAGAAGUUUGGACAAAUAUUCCAUUGCAGUUAUUACCAAAGAUGGUGUAGAGUUGAAGGAAGACGAACAGUUAGAACAUCAAAGCUGGGGAUUUGCAAGUGGGAUAAAGGGUUAUGGCGCACAGGUUGAGUGAUUGGAUGCUACGGCGCCUCGUUGAUGUAGCCAUUUUUGCUAGGUUUGACAUGAUAUCCAUGAAUUCAUAA